AUGGAGUGUGGCGUGACUGCGACGUCUCGCCUCGCUAACGGCAAUGGUAUCCUUUCUGAUUCCAUCCGUAGCGAGGGUAGCCCCGCAAAAGCUGGUUUGCAUGUUAAUUUCAUUGAGAAGACUGACGUGAAAGAAAAAAGAGAAAAAUUUUUAACGGCUAAAUACGGAAGCCAUCAAAUGGGUCUAAUUAGAAAAAGAUUAGCCGUUGAAAUGUGGCUUUAUGAUGAAUUACAAAAGCUUUUUGAAUCCCCCGUGGUAAAAGUCGAAGUCGAUAUCGAUGAACUUUUGGACAUGGAUUCAGAUGACCAAAGGCGGAAACAUUUGGAGGUAUUUAUUUAA